AUGAGCGCGCGCAAAGACAGCGGCAGCCGUAGCCACAGCCGCAAUAGCAACAGCAGUACGGCCAGCUCUAGCCUCGCGCCGCCUCCUGGAAGUGCUCCCAUGCCGCCUAACCUCAGCGUAGCCCGCUUUUCACCACUCGACCACGUCUCCCCUGAAGUGACGCAGAGCACUUCAUUGCACCAAUUGCUGCAACAUCAGCCUCCUCCUCCUCCUCUGCCUCCUGCACCUUUAUCCGUGUCUAGUCCGAACCAGUUUUUGCAGCAGUUUUUGACCUCAUCUUCUAACUCAAUGCCCAUGGCCAAGAGCCACUUGCGUCCCAUGGGGUCAGUGCCCAUUCCUCCCAUGAGCACGCCAAGCUUGCACCUUCCUCAGUUCCAACAGAAUUUGUCCAACCACGCAGCUUUUCCGCCGCCCAGAUCGGCACCAUUGCCACCGUCUUUCCCUCAGUUCCAGCCGGUACCCAGCGUCUCUGUUACUAGUGGAGGGAUGUAUUCUGCAGCACUACGCAGUGCUGCUAGUGCCUCUAUGGAUGGCAUUUAUAGUAAUGGAGCAGGUAGAUCAGCGUCGAGCUCGAUAACAGGUUCUCCCAGACGUGCCGGUACUAGCUCAGGAUUUGGAACAGCUGAUGCCCCGACGGCGCCUCCUGGGGUGAGACUUAGUGGAGAAACUGUGGAGUAUCAUCCGCGUGGAGAAGAUGCUUCUGGUGAGAGUAGAUCGCUGGAAGUCAUGCCCAUUACACUGUACAAUUCGGAACGUACGUCGCAGUUGGGAAACCUCAUAUCAGUGAACGAGCACUUUAUUUCGUACCCGAUUCGAAAUGGAUUAAUUCGAGUAAUUAGUCAAAGUUCAGUGGAUCGAUUGUUGCUGCGGAAACACGAAAAUCACACGGUUACGGAGUUGGCUUUUUUUAACAGUAAAUCGGAAUUGCUGUUGAGUUCUGGUACAGACAACCAUGUGGCAAUAUGGGCGAUCCAGAAAGAUCCCAUGAGCCGCGAGCUGAUAAAGUUGGUGCCGACACAAGCGCGACGUGUGAAAUGGCACCCAUCCGAAUCAAACACGAUUGCUAUUGCUAAUGGAAGCCUGGUGUUUAUUGCUGACCUGUUGGGAGUUGCCCCUGAUGGUAGUGGCGCCGAAAACCUUUACGAUAUCAGUGUCGUGUGCGGACAGGAUUCUGGUCAUCAGAUUAACGACAUGGUUUUUGCGCCACAUAACGGCGAAUGUGUAAUCACUGCUGGCAGUGAUGGUUUUGUGCAAGUAUAUCGUGUGCAAGACUGGCAGCCUGGGCAGUCUGCCGAGUGUAUUCAUCGCUUUGAGCCAUUUGAGGGUAAGACUGUUGACAGUCUUCACUUCUACGGUGGCAACUUUCUCAAUCAGCAGGGUCUUUUUAUAGGUGGCGAAUCAAAUACGCGUUUGUCGCUGUGGAAUGCGGCGCUGAUGGAGAGCAAUACUCCUGUAUGCUACCAGACGGUGUUGCUUCGUGAUGAGGCACAUGAACUUUUGCACGAGACAAUCUUUGACCCAACUACGCAGUUCUUAUUUGUUGCCGACCGCUCCAAGCCGUUGAUAUAUGCCUUUCACCUAGCCCCCAGCUCUGACGCUCUCACUCCACGCCUCUUUGACAACGUGACGGAAUUUGCUUUGGCCUAUCCAGUGCUCAGUAUGGGUGUACUGAAUCGUACUGCUCCAAGCCAACCAGCACGCGAUGGCAGUGAUUUGACCUCCAUGUUGGGUGGGCUAAACUUUUCUAUGCAGCUGUACUGUCUGCAGACACAAGCUAUUCAGCGGUAUCACGUGGCUGCCAGUGAAUGUUAUAUACCUGGCGCUCAUGGCUUUCUAGAAGAUGACAUUGAGGCUAGUGAAAACGUUGGCCAAUCGGUUGGUGCUGUGACGACCGAAGGGGAGAGCAUUGAGACUUCGUAUCAGACGGCAGCGGAAUCCCCGCGGGCUGCAUCUGCUGCGAUUUCGGCUCCUGAAACCGAAAUCGCUGAAGAAGAUGAGGAUGAGGAAGGCAGCAUCGCUGGUCAGCAAGCUCCACUCCAAAUGGCUCCUAAUGGAGUACCUCCAACUCCUUCGUCGCCAGCUCGGAGCACACGAAGCACUGGCGCUCGCUCACUGCAUCUUACUACUGCUGGCGAUGCAGCGUCGGUGUCAACGUCAUCUGUGACAGGUGAAAUGGGAAUGCUUCCUAGUCUGCGAUUCUACAAUCGCUCUUCCCCGUCAUCUUCUGUUCGUGCAUUUCAGGAUGAAUCAUCUGUGCAGUAUGACCCGUCGGUUGACGAUACAGCGAGUGAAACGCAGCAACAGACGCUUAUUGCAACGCUACGCCGCAUGGAAGCGGCGCAGCUCCAGCGUGAUGAGGAGUUCCGUGAACAAAUGCGUGGAAUUAUGGGAAGUUUAAGUAAUCAUCUGACGACGCAAGUAUCAACUCAAGUGGAAAAGUCGAUCCAGAAGCAGCUCCAAUCCGUUCUUGUGCCCGCAAUGGGCCGUAUCGUGCUGCACACUAUGGAGAACAACUUCAUGAAACCCGUGCAGAAUGGAUUCCAGCAUGUUAUUAGCGAAAAACUGAUUCCGUUGAUGGAACGGAAGCUGGAUGACUCGCUGGCGACAUCGCUACCGGACCAGCUGGCCAAUGGAGUCGACGACAUGGUGCAGCGCGUAGUGGAAGAUGUUCGUCAGCCUGUCCGUGAGUCCUUCCGUGAGUGUUUCCAGGACAUUUUGAUCCCUUCUUUCCAGGCCGCCACGCAGAAAAUGUUCGAGCAAAUUAAUGACACUUUUGUGCAGGGCACGCGUAGUGCAUUUGAGAGCAGUGGGCAAAACACCAGCAACGCAAAGGUUGCAAGCCAACUGGAGCAGCUGACGGAGGUGGUGGAAAGCUUGAGCAAGCAGGUGGAGCAACUGAGCUUAACUGUGAAUGCUGGGGGUAUGGAUGUAGCAUUAGCUCCGGUUGCAAAGUCCCCUGAAGAGCUCCAGCUCGAGGCACAGCAGGGUACUGUGCUGGAUUAUAUCGCACGAAAUGAUUGGGAGGAGGCGUUUAAGUUCGCACUUGGUGCACAAAAUGUAAAUCUUGUAGCAUUUACCUGCCAGCAGUGCGAUCCGCGUCUUGUCCUGAGCAGCCGCCCACCCAAGCUCUCACAGAUGCUGAUCCUCUGCCUAGUGCAGCAAUUAGGGGCUGACCUGGUGGAUGACCUAGCGACGAAAGUUGACUGGCUGCGAGAGUCACUUCUAGUUAUGGACGUGCGCGAUCAAAGUAUCGCCGGCUUCGUGACCAGCGUGCUGCAAGAAUUGCAGACAGGUCUCAAUAGUGUGCCGGCGCAGUCCCGCGACUCGCAGUACACCCUCCUGCAUCAUGUUCUCAACUCCAUGCUAAACUCAGCAUAA